AUGGGUGCUUUGUUUUCAUCGCCACGUAAGCUCGAGACAAAGCUCUUAGUUAAACAAGACGAGCUAAAGAGCAUCUUGAUUUCAAAAAGGAAGCUUGAGAAAUGGCACACAUCUCAUACUUUCUUUUUAAAGCUUUUUAUCAUCCUUUUCUCGAUCCAAUUUUUGAUAUUCUUAAUAGUUUCAUACUUAUACAAGUUUUUAACAAUACAACUAAUUCAAGACGAAUUCAUUUUCUUCUUUAUUGUAAUCUCAAUAUUCUAUUUGAUUCGCGCUUUUAUAAGUUACUGGAUUAACUCAGCUGCAGAACGUAGCUUAGCAUUAAGAUUUGAACUCGAAAAAUGCUUCAAGGAAUAUACAUCUCAGCCAGGGUUCCAGAAGAUCAAGAAAGCAUUAAAGCAACGUGGAGAAUAUUAUGAAAUUGACUUUGACCAAGUUUUACGUCUCGAAUACUUCAGUGAAGAAAGAGUUAUUAAUAAUCAAUCAUUCUGGGCUCGUCUUUCAUCAAUUUUAGCUAGAAACGGACCAGAUUACAGAUACGCAAUUAUAUGCCCAUAUUGCAGAAGUGUCAAUGGCACAGUUUCUCCAGAAGAGAAAGAUAAAGUCGAAUACAAAUGCAUGUACUGCAGAUCUCGUGUUUCAUUUGAUAAAGUUAUUAAAGAAUACUCCAAGGAAGACGACGAAGAUACACUACACGAUCUUGAAGAGAAACCAGAAGUCGAAGCCAAAAAAGAAGAAGAUGAUGAGGGUGACUUGGCUGAUCUCAAAUAA